AUGGUAGCGUCGCACGCUCUGAUUCUCCUGGCGCUGGCCGCUCCCGCCCUCGCCACGCCCCCCAUCCCGAAAGAGUUUUUCGAGUCGCAAAAACGCACCGCGGAGGAUGCCAAGGUCGCCAAUCGCUUUCGGGCGUGGAUGGCGCAACACGGCGUGACGUUCGGCACGAAGGGAGAGUUCGACCGUAGGCUGAAGAUUUUCGCGGAGAACAGCGACCUUAUCGACACACAUAACACUGCCAACGACGGCUCGACUUUCACCCUGUCCCACAACGAGUUCAGCCACUUGUCGUGGGAUGAGUUCAAGGAGACGCACUUCGGGUACAAGCGUUCGAGCGACAAGCCCAAGCCCGCCCGGCAGACGCCGGAGCGCCGCCCGAUGGAGAAGGUUGCCGGUGGGCGAAGGAGGCUGGUCGAGCUCACCGGGAGCGAGAUUCCCGAUGAGGUGGACUGGGUGCGGGAGGGCGCCGUUACGCCCGUCCAGAACCAGGGCAUGUGCGGAAGUUGCUGGGCGUUUUCGACCAUCGGCGCCAUGGAGGGGGCCUACUACCUGGCCACCGACGACCUGAUCAAGUUCUCGGAGGAGCAGCUGGUCGACUGCGACAAGGUCGACAAGGGGUGCUUCGGCGGCGACAUGGAGCAGGCGUUCGACUGGAUCAAGGAGAACGGAGGCGUGUGCCCCGAGGACGAGUACCCUUACGUCGGACUCUGGCCCCCGUUCAAGACCUGCGCCACCACCUGCACGCCCGUCGAGGGCUCCCAGGUGAAGGAGUGGGCUCAGGUCAAGGCCACCGACGAGGCCCUCAUGACGGCGCUCGCGACGGUCGGGCCGAUCGCUAUCGCCAUCGAGGCCGACCAGAUGGCGUUCCAGUUCUACAGCGACGGCGUUUACACGGCUCCCUGCGGGGACAAGCUGGACCACGGUGUGCUCGCCGUCGGAUACGGGACGUGGGAAGACGGGACGGACUACUGGAAGGUGAAGAACUCGUGGGGCGACAGCUGGGGCCAGGGCGGGUACAUCCUUCUCGAGAGGGCAGACUCGGAGGAGGACGAGGGCGGCCAGUGCGGUCUCCUCAUCGAAGCCAUCUACCCCAUCCUCGGCACGCCCGAGGAAGACGCCGACGGGGCGGCGGAAUUCGCCGUUGAGGCCGCCGAGAUGACCGAGAUGUCCGAGGCGGAGCGCGAGGCUCUUUGGGCUCUGGUUGACCCCUCCGACGUCGCGGAGAGGCCGGUGGGCUUCCGGUCCAGCGCCAGCGCGAAGGACUGCGGCGGCGGAACCAGCGACGUGGUUUUCCACGAUGUGACCAUCUCUCCCAUCGCCCCUAGGCGCGGCCAGCCGGUUUCCAUGAUGGCCAAGGGAACCCUUACCAAGCCCCUGGCGGAGGGAGACUACAACCUGGAGGUGAUGCUCGGCUCUUCGACGAUCUACCAGCACGACGGCUCUCUCUGCGGGGAAAGCUCUGCCGAGCUGCCGCUUGGGUUGGGCUACAUCGAGCUGCACGGCCUGCCCUGCCCGGCCACCCCCGGCCCUACCGAAUUUUCCCUCGAGGUCACCCUGCCGGCCAUCGCCCCCCCCGGGGACUACGACAUCUCUCUCGCCGGCACGGACGACUUGGACGGCGGAGCUCCCGCGCUGUGCCUGGACGUGAAGGUCGAGCUCUGAUUGGCCGACUGAGCCCUUGACAGACGGGAGAGCUGCCACUACUGUGAUCGACCCGAAAGGGUAUUUUUUGGUUUGUUGCCGCCAACGCUGUAGGUCGGUGGCUUCCCGUGUAUCUAAGAUUGGGAUGAGUCGUAGAUUUGGUGUUGGAGCCGCCCUCGCAGGCACCAUCGCCAUCACAGAGCGUUACAUAUCCCGUAUGGGCUUGAGAAUGCCUCCUGCGGGAUGGGUGGGGGAAAGGGGUUGCCUGCAACCCCUCCGACGUAUGUGCGGCCUCGACAUGAUUCUCGAGCUGUGUUGUCUUGGAUUGGAUGCCUCUGGUUAUUCCCCGCUAAACCUAUCGAGAACACCGCCCUCGCGCUUGUGUUCCAGCGCACGUGCGCUGGUUUGGUUAACCGGAACUGGGAGAAAGACUUCGUAAAUAGCUCGCCUUAGUCUCAUGAUCCCAGAUAUACUUUCGCUUUGUUUUUUUGUCAUGGUGCAUAGUGUUUUUGUAAAUACAAAGUGGACGAAAAUGCGCCUGUAAUUUUGUCUUAAGAUGCGGAUGGCGAUUACCUGUGUGGUGGAUUGGCUUUUGCACCACGGGCGGGGUAGGCUAUCGUUGGUCACACGCACGGCCGCCUUGUCCGUUGCCUUUUUGUCGCCGGCCUCUUGUGUGCCUUGUCUCUUGUUGUCCAUGCGCGGAGGACAUGAACGUGUGCACUGCACCCAAGGGCGUUGUCUACGAAACACUCUUGGAACAUCUGUGACGGCAGACCUUGAGUGUUAUGAUCGAACCGGCAGAGAGGAAAAGUAACGUGUCGAGAACGUACUUACCAACAAUGUUGUUGGCUGGAUGAAAGAAGAAAUGACAUUCCCGUUCCCGCCGUCAUUUUUCCGCCAACGUUACGGGUUUCUUGGGCGGGCUUUCCGGUGUGUGUACCAGGGCUCGUGAUGGAGUGUAUACACGCCCGAACCUUGGAACCAGCAACUUGACUCAUACAGACGCUCCUGCACGUAUGCAUAGAGCAGUCGAAAUCGGCGAGUGAACCCAUCAUCUACAGCACACUUGAUGGAGGCGUACUAC